CCCGGACGGCAUCGGAGUCAUCUUCAAGGUUCAAUUCUCUGAGCUACCAAACAUGGGAGGCCCCUUUAAGGAUGGCAAUUGCACCGCAACCUUGGCCCACCUCGACCCGUUCAAGCGCGGCGAGAUGAUCCCCUGUGACCCAUCUGCCCCGCAGACCUGCCAGGUUGGCGAUUUGUCUGGGAAGCAUGGCCACAUCACGUCCGAAUCUUUCGACGCUACUUAUACUGACAACUAUGCUGCCCUCGAGGAGGGUAUCGGCUCUUACUUUGGAAACCGAAGUUUCGUCCUGCACUUCGAAAAUAAGACCCGCAUCACCUGCGCUAAUUUUGAACGUGUCGACCCCGGUGGCUACUCUGCUAAAGGAGCGAACUCGCCAGCUCUAUAUAUUCCCGCAUGCGUGCCGAGGACGACUUCUGAUACUGAGAGUGACCCCGGAAAUCAGUCCACUCAGAAGGGCGCCAGUCCUUCAGCGGGCAUGUCCCCUGGCCCGACGAUCUUCAAAGCCAAUGAGUCCACCUUGAUGCUUGAGGCCGGGCGAGCGGCGUGUGCGGCCAUGUCCUGA